CAAUUUCGUGCCAAACCUAAAGGAGGGAAAAAAGCAAGAGGCAACAUUAUCUAGCUACAUAAAAUGUCAGCGGAAGAAACACAGAUUCGGAGGUUCGUUUCUGGACAACUCCGUGAGUGUCCUGACCUGAGCACAUUGACUCUUUCCAUCUUAAGAGGGCGGUAUUUGGCAUCUGUUGGCCGGGACUCACUAAGCCAGGAGGACAGACAGUUGAUGAAGAGAGUGGUAGAGGAGGAACUGAUGAGGAUGCAGGUAAAGAUGUUCGACAGUGACAGUAGUGACGAUGAAGCCAUUCUCGACGUUACCCCGAUGCCUCGCCACAACAAGCGGAACAGGGGUGAGGAGAAAGGAGGCAGGACCAAAGCAGAAGAAUCCAAGGCAAAGCGAUCUAGACUUCAUUCGGCCCAAUCGGAUUCCCCAGAUUCUGGAAUAGAGAGAGUGGGAAAUGGAGAAGGGCAGAGAGAGGAAGAAGAGGAGGAGAAGGACAUGGGAAGUGAUGUAGAGGAUGAUCAAGUUUCCCAAACCGGCACCAAGAAGAAAAGGGGGGGACACAAAGGAGUACACAAUGGUGGGGAGACGGAAAUUAGCUCAGAGAGUGAGGUUGAGAUCAAAACGGUGAAUCGGAGGAAGAGAGAACAAGACCCUGAUGAAGUUGAGGAGAACAAAAAGAAGAAACAAGGGGAUGAAACCAACAAACAGGAAAAGGACAAAGUCAAUUCAGACAGGGACUCUGAAGAGGAUAAAAAACAGAAAAGGAAACAAAGAACGGGAGGAAAAAAUGUGGAUGUGAAAGUGCAGAGCAAGGGUUCAAAAGGGACCAGAAGGAGGGAGAGUGGAAAUGAGGAAAAGGGAAAACCAUUGCGGAGAAGAGAGAGAGUGCAGGUUGUUGGGAGUGACUCGGAGCGCAUUGGAGAGGCCAAAGUAAUGGAACAGAACAGGGUAGAAAGACAAAGAAAUGACGACGACUCCAGGUCAGAGAGUGAGGGAGAAAAUAAUGCAUCUUCAGAGGAAGCCAGCGGGGGAGAGGAGGAAACCGAGGAAGUGAUGGCUAAGACGAAGGAUGAGCCAGCCCAGGACUCCGACUCUGGCUCAUCCCUCCCAGCAUUGGAGGACGAAAAGGAAAGUGAGGAGGUCCGGCCAGAACAGGUGAAAAAGAGGAAGCCUGUGGCGAAGCAGCCAAUAAAGGACGAGGGCAGUGAGCGUGCAUCCAAAGGAGGAAAGGACGACGAGGCGAAGGCGGUGACCAGGCUGAGGCGUUACAUCGCCCUCUGUGGUGUGAGACGGAACUACAAGAAGCUCCUGGAUGGCUGCCACUCCAUCAAGUCAAAGGUGGCUGUGCUGAAGAGGGAGCUUGAAGAACUGGGUGUCAAAGGCCAGCCUUCUAUAGAGAAGUGUAGGAAUGCCAGACUUGAGAGAGAGGAGGCUCAGGAGUUGGCAGACCUAGAUGUCAGCAACAUCAUAACCACACAAGGUCGUCCAAAGCGGAGAGGGGUGUCCAAAUGGCAGCAACAGUCCUCUCCUUAUAAGCGUGUAGUCAACUCAAGCUCAGACAGCGAAGGGGACAGUCACGCAGGCAGGGGGCGCAAGAGGGCCACAGACUGGAGUAACCUGCAGGGGAUCAUCAGUGAUGGAGCAGACAGCGACUGACAGGCUGUGCUCUUCUGGCCAUGAGGAUCAAGUUGCCUCCAGACUAGAGAUCUUUUGGACCUGUUCCGAAAUGGACCUGGGGCUUUCCCACCCGGACCCGAUAUGCAUAAAAAAUUGUUUUUAUAAUAAUUGAGACCCGUUCCGAACGGACCCAAUGACAACUAGACCCGUUCCGUAUAGACCCGGUCCAAUCCGAAUGAGAAAAGCAGCAGAAAAGUCAUUUUUUUAGCUACUUUAUUAAUUCUGGAUCCGAACCCGCUCGGGUCCUGGAUCGGGUAUUCGGGUACAUGUGGGUCCGUGAAGACCUCUACUCCAGACGUCUGUGUAACUUUUUACUUUUGCAUUUUCCUCUACGCUAUUGAAGUUUAGUUGCUAGUUGUUUACCGCCCAUUUUGGCUUAAUGUUGUCUGUAUGGUUCUCUUAUACACAUAUUAUAUGAUUAAGGCCUAGAUUCAAUCAGAUCAAGCGUUAACCGGCGAUAGCAAACUCUUGCAUAGCAGAUGUUUUGGCAGUGUCAGAGGUGGAAUUGUGUUAGAGCCGUCAAAUAGGUGAGCAGCUGCUCUUGCGAUCAUUGUCACAAAGCCACACCCGCCCCACUCUUGUUAAAGUUCAGAAUGAGGAAGUGUAGGCCAUAUAGAAAUAAUUACGCUCAAAUUGAAAAAUCAUAAACGAAAUCAUGAGGAUUUCUAUCAUCCUAAUCGAGGUGUAGAUUACAUCUCACAUUUCCGUGUUCGAAUGUGUAAACAAGGCUGGCUGCAUGGGAUUUCUGUUAUGCGCGACUCCGUGCAGCCAAUGGCAAUGUCCGCGUUAGGUGUAAUGCUUGGAGCCACUUUGUGGAUUUGACAGCUCUAAAGCAGUUUGACCUCUGACACCACUUGUUGGCUAAAGUGGAUCUGAUUGGAUAGAGCCCUAAGUCAGUUUCUUCCCUCAUUAAAACACACUCCUUAGUUGUAGGCUAAACAAACCUUUGCAAUAUAAGUUUUUGCCUUAACCUUAACUACUUGCCAUAUACAAAGAAAAACGGUAUAUUCUUGUAUGUAGGUUAAAUAGGUACGCAAAUAUGAUAUGCAAAUUAGAAAUACGCAAAUAUGACUUUUCCUUCUAUUGUCUUAGUUUGAGACACGUUAGGUUAACUGUUCCACUUAAAUCUUGAUUUAAUAAAGGUUUAGAUUUUUAUAAAUA